AUGUCUGCACAGCGUAACGGUCAAUUCGCCAGAUUUCCUAGAUUUUACCUAGUGAAGAGUGCCUGGGAACGAACAGUAACAAUCGAAAAGACUAAUGAUAUUGAAAAUAAUGAACUUGAAGAGCAUGGCGAACACCUUGAGAAUGGAAAUUUAGAAAAUGCAAACAUAGUAUCAAACGAAAAUACCGAUUUAGGGGAUAAAGUACCUGAAGAAAAUUACGCACACUUUGAAAAUAGGAACUUAGAUGAUAUACCUCAAGUAUCACACGAAAAGACUGACAAUGAUAAAACUGAAGAGCAUGAUACAAACGUUGACACUGGAGACCUAAAUAAUAUAUCAGGAGUAUUGAAAGAAAAGACUAACGCAGAAAAUGAUGAUGCUAAGGGACAUGAUAUUAGCUUUAAUAAUGAAAAUCUUGAUAGAUACCUAGAUAAAGAGAUAAUAAUCAACAAUAUGUCGAAUUCUGAAGAUGAACAUGUGGAUAAAGAAGAAACAACUAAUGAGAAUAAAAAGGCUAAUAAUAUAAAAGAUAAAAACGGAAAUGAAUUGAUGAAUGAAAUUGACUUGAACCUCGUUGAAACAGCUCAAAAAGAAGUAAAUUCAACAUCCGAUGAUAUCCUUAAACCAACUAUAGUGCAGGAAAUAUCACCAUCCGAAACGUUUAGGAAACACCUAAGAUAUCCACAUGCUAUAAAUAAGAGUAGUACCAAUAAAAAACUUCAAAAGAUGCCUAGUGCAAUAUCAUCGGCUAAAUGGAGAGAGUACUAUAAAAAGGCGGAAGAAAUUAAAAAUAAAAAAACAGAAGAAGUCGAGAAGAGAAAAGAACUAAGAAAAAAAGCCAAAGAAAAUAAAGAGAAUAAGAAAAAACUCAAAACAAAGACAACUGCUAGAAAAAAGCCCUCUAAACUAAUGCAAAAGCCUUUGUUACCUCAAAAAAAAGCAAAAAUUAAAUGUGCAGAAUGUGGGGAAGAAUUGGAAAGUGAGACUGAAGAAGAGGAUGAAAUGAAUAUUGGUUGCGAUAAUUGUGAAAAUUGGUUUCACAUGAAAUGCACCGAAUUUUAUGGGAUACCAUAUGCAGAGGCCUCGGAAAAAACAUAUAACUGUGUUAAAUCCGAAAAUCCAAAUUUGAGCACUAAAACCACUUUAAAGGCAGCAAUAGGCAAUUGA